AUGAAUUGCUAUGAAGUUUUGAGUACCAAUUUGUUGGAAGUGAUCGUUGUCGGUGGUGGAACAUGCGGCUUGGCCGUGACUUCAAGACUCUGCGAAGAUAGUCCUGGAUCAAUUUACACGGAAGAUGAACAUCAGCGAUUCCAUUGGUUGAAACAAAGAGGGAGUAAGGUGAACUUGAUUAAUCGAAAUGUUUCUUCAAAGAAAAAUUAUAAACUACCAAGUCUUUUCAGCGCAUAUAAACCGCUGAAGAAAUAUUCACCUCAUGAAAUUUUAGUGCUUGAUGCGACGAGUGAUAACUGGUUGGGCCAAUGGGAUCACCAGUUUGCAACUUGUCUGAUUCCUUAUUUAAGAUCGCCUAUGUUUUUCCAUCCAGAUCCAGUGAAUGUUGACGGAUUAGUUAGUUUUGCAUAUUUAACCAGAAGAGAAGGUUCCAGAGAUCUCAUGGAAAUUGACAAUGUUGUGGGGAAGGAGUACUCUAAACACAAGCAAAAGAAACUAAGAAUGAAAAACAAUAAACGGAAGAGUCAGCCGGUCCCGACUAACAGUCAACUACCAUCUCCAUCUAGCCAAAAUUCUCCAGGGCUCAUCGAUAUCAAUAUGAGAGAUUGGAAAGAUUACUAUCGCCCUUCCACGUCCUUAUUCCGAGACUUUUGUCAAGAUAUUAUAGAUAGAUAUAAGUUGCACAAUAUGGUCAAAAAGGAUAAAGUAGUUGAUAUAGAAUAUUGCUUGUUGAACGUCACUGAUACAAAUGAAUGUGGGAAAGGCUUUUUAGUUCGAACAGAAGGUGGUCAAAUUUUUGGGUGCAAAUCAUGUGUAGUGACAACUGGCCAUGCUGGUAAAAUCAACUACCCAAUUCUGCCUUUUAAACUCUCACCUGAAGCUCCAGAAGGAAGUUGUCAUACCACUCAUAUUUUCCAACGAAAAGUCUCUCUGUUUCCUGACGCAAACAUUAUCCAUAAGAUUGAGCAAGGAAAACGAAAUUCAAUGGUCGUUGUUGGAGGAGGCUUGACUUCGGCCCAAUUGGUUGAUGUUGCCUUAAGAUCUGGGGUUGAAAAAUGCUACCUUUUACUUAGAGGUGGAAUGAAAAUUAAGCAUUUUGACUUCCAUCUAGAUUGGGUUACUAAAUAUAAGAACGUCAAGAAGUCGGCUUUUUACAUGCUUGAUUCUGAUGAAGAGAGAUUCCAAAUGAUUCAGGAUGCAAGAGAAGGUGGAUCAUUAAACCCUGAAUAUUAUAAGAAGAUCAUGAACCAUGUUAAAAGUGGUAAAUUGGAGUUAUUAAGAUUCACUACUAUUGAUGAGCAAGAUUGGAUCGCUGCUGAGAAGUGUUGGAAGCUUAAGUUAAAGUGUGUGCCUAAUAAGAACAAUUCGAGAAUAACCGGCAACUCAGCUGAAUUCAGAACAUUGACUAAUGUCGACUACAUUUACUUCGCCACAGGCAUCACGCCAGAUUUAGAAGGUUUGGGAUUCAUGGAUAAUAUUAUUCAGCACUUUCCUAUUGAUAUAAUACAUGGCCUACCUGUGUUAACUGAUAAUUUACAGUGGAACAAUGAAAUUCCAUUAUUCAUGACAGGUAAAAAUGCUCAGUUAAAGAUGGGUCCUUCUUCUGCCAACCUAGAUGGCGCAAGACUUGGAGCUGAAAGAGUCGGGUGGUGUCUACAAGAAAUGAGGUCACAAGGACUGUUCGACUGGGUGACUUCUUCUUACACGAGUAGAGAUGAAACAUGCUCUAUUCACGACUGUCCCGUCUGUGAAUAUUCAGAUAGUGAUCUUUCCUCAAUCAGUAGCAUGAAUUCGAACGAGAUCUCUUCAAAUACUACAAGUAGUGAAGUAAGUAAAGAAGUAACUAAGAAAGAGAAGCCAUUUUCUGCUUUUGAGGCAAGGCUUAAGCUUGCUGGGGGUGAAUUAAAUUGGUACUCUCUAUUAGAAACCGAAUGA